AGCAGAAAGAUGGCGACUUCCUCGAUUGACCAUGUUUUGACGAAAGGAAGGUCCGUCCAUGAGACAGGAUUUGCAUCGUUAUGUGACCAAUUAUGCGACCGACUGAGGUCAACAGAUAGAAGUACAAGUAUCACCACAUUCUUGCGUAACUUCUUUUUCUUGAUACAUUGCACAAAGAAACCUAGAAAUUUAUCAAAAAAAGCAUUAGGUCUGUUGAAGCAUGUUCUUCUUGAGGGUCCGCCAGGUUUCAUUCCACUGCAGUGUGCGGCCAUUUUACAGGAGUACGGCCCAACACCUGAGCUCAUCAUUGACAACUUUAGCCCACCUGUGAAUCCAAAGAACAUGGCCUCCAUUCUAUCAGUUUCAAUGUGCCAGGGAAGAGACUAUGGACAUCUUGAUAAGCUGACAAGCCAGUUUGUCCGUUGGGUGUCAACGAUGGGCUUUGAGUAUGUCAUCCAAACCAGAGCUCUUGGCGCCCUCAUUAUAAUCGCUAGUCUACACCAUGAUCUAUUAUCUGGGGAACAAAUGUAUGUAAUCAGUUCACAAAUAUCUGAUUGGCUAUCAGAAGCUAGCAUUGACCAGGCUCCAAAUCCUUACACAAGACGGUCAAGACGCCCCGAACAGCCACUUCCUGUGACAGAGAUAGAUGGAGCUGCUUGCCAAGACUUCUUCACUAUUCUCAGCUUAGGCCAGUACUACUCUGAGGACCAACUCCUCAACAUAUGGAGCUUCUCCAGCCUCAAAGCCUGGCUGAUAGACACCCAUCUAAAACUCAGCAGUGCUUCCUCUGGUCAGCCCCAGAAAGUUAGCCAAGAGACAAGAACGUUUCUUAGCAAAGCGAAGCUAGCACUGAUAGAGAGAGCAUGCGAAUACUGCCUUAGAGUCAUAGACCAGUCUGAGAGAACUGCAAUUCACAGCAAUUGGCAGUCACCAAAUGACCAAUCAGGACCAUUGAAAGUGCAUGAUCAAGAAUUAGUUGAAGCAUGUUUAGUUGAAGCUAUAUCAAUUCUUGAUGUUGUCUGCAAGCUAGACUCCUCAAUGAUACCUAAGCUCUUUCCAGCACUGAAGAGAGUUUAUGCUAGAAUCAGUGAUGACAUUGGUCAACCGAGGGUGCUGUGUACAAUAGUUCAAUUCUAUUUAAAUCAUUGUGAUGCUGUGGUGUAUGAUCCUCAGAAGGCCUUUGACCUGUUCUUUGGUAAAUCUAUUAGUAUGCAUUAUUACGACCAUGCUGUAGCAUUUGAUGCUAUUAUGUUGUGUAGGGACAACAUGAAAAGACUUUGUCAUAACACCAAUAUCCUGGAAAAAUACUUUCCAAAUCUUCUGAAGAUUUUAGCUUGGAACCCAAGAACAUUUUUAUCAGAGUUCUUUGAUCUGCUGCCAUCAUUCCUGUCACCAACAACUGCCCUCGAGGUCUUCCACACUUUGCUUGAUCUACCUUGCCUCAGUGCAGCAUUGGAAGCAAGCCAUCUAGCAGCCAAGGGAGCCAGUGAGACUGUGGCUGAGGCAGGGAUAAGACUAGCCUGUGUUGAUGCCUUCCAGAACCCAGAUCAUCGGCCUUGGUUUAAUUUCAUCCUACGACACCAAAGUGGACAGGGGGAUACUAUAAAUAGGCUAGAAUAUCUUCAUCAGAUGUUGGAAGAAUUGAAGCACCAUCCUAGAGUUAACAUAUGUUCACAGGGCGUACCUGUUCUGCUCAAUCUGUACUUUGAAACAAUCUUGGAGCAUGGAGAUUAUUCAUUACUGUGUCAACUAACACCAGUAAUUCUGGAGAGGGCAGCACUCUUGUUCAAUACACCUUCAUAUCACAAGGAAGUCAGAAUAGUGUUGCAGGAUGCACUGCUAAACCUCUUCAGACAGAGUCCAAGCCUCGUGAUCGACUGCGAAGCUGAACUGAUUGAGUUUGUGGGAAAUUUGCGUUACAUCUCUGGCAAGGAGGAUUUCUUCUUGCAUGUUGUGUGGAGCAUCGGUGAGUAUGUCAGUAUCGGCUAUGACAAACGCAAUACCGCCGAUAUUAUCACCAAAUACUACGAGGCCUUGGAAACACUGCUGUAUGAAGUGGUCAUGUGCUUUCAGUCGUCCAAUCAGGAAGAACAGUACAGCCCAAGACUGGUUACAGUUAUGAUGUCAGCUGUUACCAAGUUGGCGUCACGUUGUCAAGACCUCAUUCCACGUGUUCUUCUUUGUCUGACAAAGAUAUCACAACAGCCCAAGAUUGAUGUUGAUAAUGCUGAGAAUAAAACGCUAAUCAGCCGAGCUAAUGAACUAAUUAACCUUCUCAGGCUUCCGAAUGUUGCAUCAUCAAUCCUGAGUCCAGCCCCUGGCAUUGAGAAUGGCCGUUGGCAUAGCGAUGGAAGUGUGUCUAUACCUAUACUGAUCAAGACAAUCAAAGAAGUUGUUAAAGUAUGAUACUGUAGGUAAACAUUUAGAAAAACAUAACCUUAUAUCAAGAUCAUUUUGACCCAGAAGAGAUGAAGGUAAUAUUAUUAUAUUUUCCCCUGGAAUAUAAAUUUGUGUCUGGUAAGUUUUUAAAUGAUAUAUACUAGCUGCCACAUUGUGGUGUAUCUGUUCCAUAUAUAGGAAUGAUAUAGGACAAUUGAUUUAUAUAAAUACUGAAUUAUUUUUAGCAGCAGUUCGUUCAUUCGUUUGAAUACAUAAUCACAGGAGCUACACAGGUGUACAUAAUCACAUGAGCUACACAGGUGUUAAUGUAGCUUCCUUUUGCGAAUAAUAGAUUCUAGUUGCUGUUAUCAGUUGACUGAAACAGUCGUAGCAGGGUCACCAUGUGCAGGUUAACAGCAGUGAUCUGUAUAUACAGUUGUGUGUGUUCCUCACAUAGGCAUUUGUAACAAAAAGAACAGUGAAAUUAUCACUUAUGUGAAGCCCGUAGAACCUAAUUUGCCUUAUGUCGUAAAAAAUGGCUCUCUGCAGCAGAAGUUUUUUUCUGUGUUUAGGUUUCUACAAGUGAAUUAAACAAAAAAAAAUCAAAGGAAUUCCAUAAAAGGAGAAUAAUGCUAUUAAAGAAAUGUGAUAUAUUUUUAUUAUUCAGAUCAAAUAACAGAUGUUAAAUGGUAGAUUAUGCAGAUAUUACCUAAGAGUAUAGAACUGCAAGAUGUAUGAAUACCCUGACUUUGUAUGCGUGUAAUGGAACAUUAAAAAAAAGUAUUGCCAUUAAAUGAGGGUGGUGGUGGGGGGGCCCUUAUUAAAAUUUGAAUAGAGUUGGAAACUCGACAUGCAAAUGUCUUAUAAGGACGCGACCCUUUGUGGCAGUGUUGUUUGAAAUAGGAUACGUUCCAAUGAAACCACCACGAGAGUCGGACUCCUUGCAGUUCUGUCGUCUUUGAUAUCAUUGUAUGUGAAAAUUUGAAUGGUUAAGCCCUGUUCAGACUAUUAAAUUUAUUUGACAAAAACAUGUGACAUGCCAGAAUAUGGUCAUGAUGACAUCACAUCAUGACCAUAUAUAGGCACAUCAUGACCAUAUAUAGGCACAU